UGCACUCAGGGAGUAUCAGCCAUGCCUUUCGGAAACACUCACAACCAGCUGAAGAUGAAGUACUCGUCUAAAGCAGAGUAUCCUGACCUGAGCAAGCACAACAACCACAUGGCCAAAGUGCUCACCCCUGCCAUGUACAAGAGCCUAUGCAGCAAACAGACACCCAGUGGCUUUAGGUUGGAUGAUGUGAUUCAGACUGGAGUCGAUAACCCAGGUCACCCUUUCAUUAUGACUGUGGGCUGUGUGGCAGGAGACGAAGAGACCUAUGAGGUGUUUAAGGAGCUCCUGGACCGUGUCAUUAAGGACAGACAUGGUGGAUACAAACCCACUGAUAAACACAAAACUGACCUGAACCCAGACAACUUAAAGGGUGGUGAUGACCUGGAUCCCAAGUACGUGCUGAGUUCUCGCGUGCGAACAGGAAGGAGUAUUCGUGGCUUUUGCCUGCCCCCACACUGCAGUCGUGGAGAGAGGAGAGCUAUUGAAAAACUUUCAGUGGACGCUUUAGGUGCCCUGAGUGGAGAUCUAAAGGGGAAAUACUAUGCUCUGAAAAAUAUGAGUGAGACAGAACAACAGCAGCUGAUCGAUGACCACUUCCUGUUUGACAAGCCUGUGUCUCCCCUGCUGUUGGCCUCUGGAAUGGCCCGUGAUUGGCCUGAUGCCAGGGGAAUAUGGCAUAAUGACAACAAGACAUUCCUUGUGUGGGUGAAUGAGGAGGAUCACUUGCGUGUCAUCUCCAUGCAGAAAGGUGGCAACAUGAAGAAAGUGUUUACUCGUUUCUGCACAGGCCUCACCAAGAUUGAGGAGCUAUUCAAGAAAAAGGGACAUGAAUUUAUGUGGAAUGAGCAUCUGGGCUACAUCCUCACCUGCCCAUCUAACCUGGGUACAGGACUGCGUGCAGGCGUGCAUGUCAAACUUCCCAAUCUGAGCAAACACAACAAAUUUGAGGAGGUGCUCAAGAAAUUACGCCUGCAGAAGCGUGGAACAGGUGGUGUGGACACUGCUGCAGUGGGUGGUGUGUUUGAUAUCUCUAAUGCUGACCGGCUGGGCUUCUCUGAGGUGCAGCUUGUUCAGAUGGUGGUAGAUGGAGUCAAGUUGUUGGUGGAGAUGGAGAAAAAGCUGGAGAAAGGCCAGGCCAUUGAUGACCUUAUACCCACUUGUCAGAUUUUAAAGAGUGGAGCAGACAAGACAUAUUUGCAGAAGUUAAGAGAUUUCAUGAAAAAACACAAAUGAACAAAACUGGAUAAAAAGUGCAAAAAUCCCAAACAGCAAUACUUAACGGAAAGGUUAAACCAGAAUAACAGAUUAGAGUAGGUCAGAAUAAAUUUAUUAGAUUAGAUGUGAGACAAAGACCACAGGAGCGGAGGCCAUUCAUAACACACAGUGAGAGUUCAGGUAAGGCCAAUUAGGCCACCAAGCGCCAUCCAGAGAUUAUUCCUGACAUAACCGCCCCUUUAAAGGCACUACUAUGGUGUGUCACCCCGAAGGUCCUUGACAAACUCCCCAAAUCUUUUGUUGGGACACAGAGGCUGUGGUGCGUGUCUCUUGGACUUACUGUGUUCUUGCCACAGACCUGUGACAUGGCGUUUUUGAGCUUCUUGGACAGUGGAGCAAGAACAAUAUUCUCACUCCCGGAGGUGGAGCAAACACAGAUUCUUUAAACCCAGGAGGCGCAGCAAA